AAUGGCACAAGCUGGACCUCUACCAUCAAAAAAUUCUUUGAAUUUGUCAGAACUUCGUAGUCGGGUUUUGAUUGGCCAACUUCCUGAUGACUUUUUACGCGUUUCCAAGCCAGAAGUAGAUCCUACCAUUCCUCAAAACGUUCAAGAACAACAACAAAAUAUACCUUCAAUUCCCCAACAAGUACCCUACCAAACUUUUGGACCUGCGGAGAAUUUUUACUCUUUUGUUCCUCCACAUACUCGUGGCCGACUUUCUAUUAAAAUUGUGGAAGCAAAAUUGACCAAAAAUUAUGGACUUCCAGGUGUUCGAAUGGAUCCGUAUAUUCGAUUGAGAAUUGGACAUACUUUAUUUGAAACACCAACUUGCGUUAAUGGAGGGAAGGCUCCACAUUGGAAUCGAACAGUUAACGCUUAUUUACCUGAAGGAGUUGAAUCAGUUUAUUUGCAAAUAUUUGAUGAGCGUGCUUUCACCAACGACGAAUUAGUUGCAUGGGCACAUAUAAUUCUCCCUCAAGGAAUUUUUAAUCGUGAAGUAAUUGAUGAAUGGUAUCAACUUUCUGGACCUCAAGGAGAAGGCAAAGAAGGAGUUAUAAAUUUGGUUGUGUCUUUCUCACAAGUUCCACGUCCACAAAAUCAAGGGGAGGAAAGAGCUAUUAUUAAUGCUCCUCUGUUCACUGAAGAGGAAUUAAAUGAAUUGGCAGAAAUGUUUCCAACUAUUGAAAGAGAAGUAAUUAAACAAGUUUUGGAAGCUAAAGGAGGUGUUAAAGAAGCUGCUGUAACUGCUUUGUUAGAUAUUUGUGGCUAA